UAAAGCUUACAUAGAGUUACGUCAGGUCUCAUAACUGAUUCAAACAAUAUUAGAUUUAAUGUGGCGAUAAAUCAUUAUAAACUUGGAACAAUUAGGUCCGAUCAAGAGUAAGUAUUUCUUAUUCAGGACUGAGUAGUUGGGGUAUCACGUGACAUUCUCAUGAGUUGUUGAUGUUCUCUAUUCAGGACUGAGUAGUUGGGGUAUCACGUGACAUUCUCAUGAGUUGUUGAUGUUCUCUAUUCAGGACUGAGUAGUUGAGGUAUCACGUGACAUUCUCAUGAGUUGUUGAUGUUCUCUAUUCAGGACUGAGUAGUUGAGGUAUCACGUGACAUUCUCAUGAGUUGUUGAUGUUCUCUAUUCAGGACUGAGUAGUUGAGGUAUCACGUUACAUUCUCAUGAGUUGUUGAUGUUCUCUAUUCAGGACUGAGUAGUUGAGGUAUCACGUGACAUUCUCAUGAGUUGUUGAUGUUCUCUAUUCAGGACUGAGUAGUUGAGGUAUCACGUGACAUUCUCAUGAGUUGUUGAUGUUCUCUAUUCAGGACUGAGUAGUUGAGGUAUCACGUGACAUUCUCAUGAGUUGUUGAUGUUCUCUAUUCAGGACUGAGUAGUUGAGGUAUCACGUGACAUUCUCAUGAGUUGUUGAUGUUCUCUAUUCAGGACUGAGUAGUUGAGGUAUCACGUGACAUUCUCAUGAGUUGUUGAUGUUCUCUAUUCAGGACUGAGUAGUUGAGGUAUCACGUGACAUUCUCAUGAGUUGUUGAUGUUCUCUAUUCAGGACUGAGUAGUUGAGGUAGCACGUGACAUUCUCAUGAGUUGUUGAUGUUCUCUAUUCAGGACUGAGUAGUUGGGGUAUCACGUGACAUUCUCAUGAGUUGUUGAUGUUCUCUAUUCAGGACUGAGUAGUUGAGGUAGCACGUUACAUUCUCAUGAGUUGUUGAUGUUCUCUAUUCAGGACUGAGUAGUUGAGGUAGCACGUGACAUUCUCAUGAGUUGUUGAUGUUCUCUAUUCAGGACUGAGUAGUUGAGGUAUCACGUGACAUUCUCAUGAGUUGUUGAUGUUCUCCAUUCAGGACUGAGUAGUUGGGGUAUCACGUUACAUUCUCAUGAGUUGUUGAUGUUCUCUAUUCAGGACUGAGUAGUUGAGGUAUCACGUGACAUUCUCAUGAGUUGUUGAUGUUCUCCAUUCAGGACUGAGUAGUUGGGGUAUCACGUUACAUUCUCAUGAGUUGUUGAUGUUCUCUAUUCAGGACUGAGUAGUUGAGGUAGCACGUGACAUUCUCAUGAGUUGUUGAUGUUCUCUAUUCAGGACUGAGUAGUUGAGGUAUCACGUUACAUUCUCAUGAGUUGUUGAUGUUCUCUAUUCAGGACUGAGUAGUUGAGGUAUCACGUUACAUUCUCAUGAGUUGUUGAUGUUCUCUAUUCAGGACUGAGUAGUUGAGGUAGCACGUUACAUUCUCAUGAGUUGUUGAUGUUCUCUAUUCAGGACUGAGUAGUUGGGGAAUCACGUUACAUUCUCAUGAGUUGUUGAUGUUCUCUAUUCAGGACUGAGUAGUUGAGGUAUCACGUGACAUUCUCAUGAGUUGUUGAUGUUCUCUAUUCAGGACUGAGUAGUUGGGGAAUCACGUUACAUUCUCAUGAGUUGUUGAUGUUCUCUAUUCAGGACUGAGUAGUUGGGGUAUCACGUUACAUUCUCAUGAGUUGUUGAUGUUCUCUAUUCAGGACUGAGUAGUUGAGGUAUCACGUGACAUUCUCAUGAGUUGUUGAUGUUCUCUAUUCAGGACUGAGUAGUUGAGGUAUCACGUUACAUUCUCAUGAGUUGUUGAUGUUCUCUAUUCAGGACUGAGUAGUUGAGGUAUCACGUUACAUUCUCAUGAGUUGUUGAUGUUCUCUAUUCAGGACUGAGUAGUUGAGGUAUCACGUUACAUUCUCAUGAGUUGUUGAUGUUCUCUAUUCAGGACUGAGUAGUUGAGGUAUCACGUUACAUUCUCAUGAGUUGUUGAUGUUCUCUAUUCAGGACUGAGUAGUUGAGGUAUCACGUUACAUUCUCAUGAGUUGUUGAUGUUCUCUAUUCAGGACUGAGUAGUUGAGGUAUCACGUUACAUUCUCAUGAGUUGUUGAUGUUCUCUAUUCAGGACUGAGUAGUUGAGGUAUCACGUUACAUUCUCAUGAGUUGUUGAUGUUCUCUAUUCAGGACUGAGUAGUUGAGGUAUCACGUUACAUUCUCAUGAGUUGUUGAUGUUCUCUAUUCAGGACUGAGUAGUUGAGGUAUCACGUUACAUUCUCAUGAGUUGUUGAUGUUCUCUAUUCAGGACUGAGUAGUUGAGGUAUCACGUUACAUUCUCAUGAGUUGUUGAUGUUCUCUAUUCAGGACUGAGUAGUUGAGGUAUCACGUUACAUUCUCAUGAGUUGUUGAUGUUCUCUAUUCAGGACUGAGUAGUUGAGGUAUCACGUUACAUUCUCAUGAGUUGUUGAUGUUCUCUAUUCAGGACUGAGUAGUUGAGGUAUCACGUUACAUUCUCAUGAGUUGUUGAUGUUCUCUAUUCAGGACUGAGUAGUUGAGGUAUCACGUUACAUUCUCAUGAGUUGUUGAUGUUCUCUAUUCAGGACUGAGUAGUUGAGGUAUCACGUUACAUUCUCAUGAGUUGUUGAUGUUCUCUAUUCAGGACUGAGUAGUUGAGGUAUCACGUUACAUUCUCAUGAGUUGUUGAUGUUCUCUAUUCAGGACUGAGUAGUUGAGGUAUCACGUUACAUUCUCAUGAGUUGUUGAUGUUCUCUAUUCAGGACUGAGUAGUUGAGGUAUCACGUUACAUUCUCAUGAGUUGUUGAUGUUCUCUAUUCAGGACUGAGUAGUUGAGGUAUCACGUUACAUUCUCAUGAGUUGUUGAUGUUCUCUAUUCAGGACUGAGUAGUUGAGGUAUCACGUUACAUUCUCAUGAGUUGUUGAUGUUCUCUAUUCAGGACUGAGUAGUUGAGGUAUCACGUUACAUUCUCAUGAGUUGUUGAUGUUCUCUAUUCAGGACUGAGUAGUUGAGGUAUCACGUUACAUUCUCAUGAGUUGUUGAUGUUCUCUAUUCAGGACUGAGUAGUUGAGGUAUCACGUUACAUUCUCAUGAGUUGUUGAUGUUCUCUAUUCAGGACUGAGUAGUUGAGGUAUCACGUUACAUUCUCAUGAGUUGUUGAUGUUCUCUAUUCAGGACUGAGUAGUUGAGGUAUCACGUGACAUUCUCAUGAGUUGUUGAUGUUCUCUAUUCAGGACUGAGUAGUUGAGGUAGCACGUUACAUUCUCAUGAGUUGUUGAUGUUCUCUAUUCAGGACUGAGUAGUUGAGGUAGCACGUUACAUUCUCAUGAGUUGUUGAUCUUCUCUAUUCAGGACUGAGUAGUUGAGGUAGCACGUUACAUUCUCAUGAGUUGUUGAUGUUCUCUAUUCAGGACUGAGUAGUUGAGGUAUCACGUUACAUUCUCAUGAGUUGUUGAUGUUCUCUAUUCAGGACUGAGUAGUUGAGGUAGCACGUUACAUUCUCAUGAGUUGUUGAUGUUCUCUAUUCAGGACUGAGUAGUUGGGGAAUCACGUUACAUUCUCAUGAGUUGUUGAUGUUCUCUAUUCAGGACUGAGUAGUUGAGGUAUCACGUGACAUUCUCAUGAGUUGUUGAUGUUCUCUAUUCAGGACUGAGUAGUUGGGGAAUCACGUUACAUUCUCAUGAGUUGUUGAUGUUCUCUAUUCAGGACUGAGUAGUUGGGGUAUCACGUUACAUUCUCAUGAGUUGUUGAUGUUCUCUAUUCAGGACUGAGUAGUUGAGGUAUCACGUUACAUUCUCAUGAGUUGUUGAUGUUCUCUAUUCAGGACUGAGUAGUUGGGGAAUCACGUUACAUUCUCAUGAGUUGUUGAUGUUCUCUAUUCAGGACUGAGUAGUUGAGGUAUCACGUGACAUUCUCAUGAGUUGUUGAUGUUCUCUAUUCAGGACUGAGUAGUUGAGGUAUCACGUUACAUUCUCAUGAGUUGUUGAUGUUCUCUAUUCAGGACUGAGUAGUUGAGGUAUCACGUUACAUUCUCAUGAGUUGUUGAUGUUCUCUAUUCAGGACUGAGUAGUUGAGGUAUCACGUUACAUUCUCAUGAGUUGUUGAUGUUCUCUAUUCAGGACUGAGUAGUUGAGGUAUCACGUUACAUUCUCAUGAGUUGUUGAUGUUCUCUAUUCAGGACUGAGUAGUUGAGGUAUCACGUUACAUUCUCAUGAGUUGUUGAUGUUCUCUAUUCAGGACUGAGUAGUUGAGGUAUCACGUUACAUUCUCAUGAGUUGUUGAUGUUCUCUAUUCAGGACUGAGUAGUUGAGGUAUCACGUUACAUUCUCAUGAGUUGUUGAUGUUCUCUAUUCAGGACUGAGUAGUUGAGGUAUCACGUUACAUUCUCAUGAGUUGUUGAUGUUCUCUAUUCAGGACUGAGUAGUUGAGGUAUCACGUUACAUUCUCAUGAGUUGUUGAUGUUCUCUAUUCAGGACUGAGUAGUUGAGGUAUCACGUUACAUUCUCAUGAGUUGUUGAUGUUCUCUAUUCAGGACUGAGUAGUUGAGGUAGCACGUGACAUUCUCAUGAGUUGUUGAUGUUCUCUAUUCAGGACUGAGUAGUUGAGGUAGCACGUUACAUUCUCAUGAGUUGUUGAUGUUCUCUAUUCAUAACUGAGUAGUUGAGGUAGCACGUUACAUUCUCAUGAGUUGUUGAUGUUCUCUAUUCAGGACUGAGUAGUUGAGGUAUCACGUUACAUUCUCAUGAGUUGUUGAUGUUCUCUAUUCAGGACUGAGUAGUUGAGGUAGCACGUUACAUUCUCAUGAGUUGUUGAUGUUCUCUAUUCAGGACUGAGUAGUUGAGGUAUCACGUGACAUUCUCAUGAGUUGUUGAUGUUCUCUAAAAUAUCGUUUCAUAUAUUUUAUAAGGCAUUUUAUUUUAUAUACAAAUCUUGAUAUCUUUAAACGAUUCUAAAGAUUCCCGUGCACUUUGUAAACAAACAAAAAAGUUUAAUACGUGCAAAGUGAAAACACCCAACGUAACCAAAAAAAAACUAAAAAUGACAUUUAAAAAAAAAAUAUUUGCCCUCCGUGUCUUGUCAAGAGACGAUGGUUUAAUCUCGUUGGUUAGGCCUAGUAGCUACACUUCAAAGUCUAAGUAGCACGUUGUUGUUUUUUUCUUCUCGGAACCUUUUCUGAAUCCAUGUUUUCCCUCGGCUACUAUGUCGCAUUUUAACUCUACUCAAAUAAUCCAUAAACUUCAUUAUUCGAAGACGCCGUCUAGUGAACCAUUUGUUGAUGCUUUAGCAAAAAGUUAUCACUAAAUGAGUUACUGCUAGGCAAAGAGUCGGACUCUAGGCUAUCAAAAUUAAUGUGAAAUAGAAAGAAAAAUAUUUUUUUUUUUACAAUAUUUGGUGGCUCCGCUGUAAGAAAGCCUCAGCUGAAGAACACGUAGUGGUGCACGCUUCUCCUUCUCUUGGCAGUAGCAUUAAGAAUUUAGUCACGUUGAUAAUUCAUUGCGGGUUUUUUCUUUCAAAUUUAAAAUUAAAAAUCAUUUUUUUUAUGAUCCUAUAUUGAAGCAAUGCCAUGACAAUGAUCUUAUAUUGAAGCAAUGCCAUCUCAAUGAUCUUAUAUUGAAUUAAUGUUAUGGCAAUUUUCUUUUAUUGAAGCAAUGUUAUGUUAGUGAUCUCAUAUUGAAGCAUUGUCAUGCCAAUGAUCAUUUGUUAAAACAAUGUCAUGUCAAUGAUCUGAUAUUGAAACAAUGUCAUGAAAAUUAUCUUUUAUUGAAGCAUUGUUAUGUUAGUGAUCUUAUAUUGAAGCAAUGCCAUGUCAAAGAUCUUAUAUUGAAGCAAUGCCAUAUCAAUGAUCUUACAUUGAAUUAAUGUUAUAGCAAUUUUAUUUUAUUGAAGCAAUGUUAUGUUAGUGAUCUGAUAUUGAAGCAAUGCCAUGCCAAAGAUCUUAUAUUGAAGCAAUGUUAGGGGAAUGUUCUUUUAUUGAAGCAAUGUUAUGUUAGUGAUCUUAUAUUGAAGCAAUGCCAUGUCAAUGAUCAUUUGUUUAAACAAUGUCAUGUCAAUGUUCUUAUAUUGAAGCAAUGCCAUGACAAUGAUCUUUUUGAAGCAAUGUUAUGGCAAUGUUCUUUUAUUGAAGCGAUGUUACAGCAAUGUUCUUUUAUUGAAACAAUGUUAUGUUAGUGAUCUUAUAUUGAAGCAUUGUCAUGCCAAUGAUCAUUUGUUAAAACAAUGUCAUGUCAAUGAUCUUAUAUUGAAACAAUGUCAUGACAAUGAUCUUUUAUUGAAGCAUUGUUAUGUUAGUGAUCUUAUUUUGAAGCACUGUUUUGUUAAUAAUCUUAUAUUGAAGCACUGUUUUGUUAAUAAUCUUAUAUUGAAGCAAUGUAAUGUCAAUGAUCAUUUAUUUAAACAAUUUCAUGUCAAUGAUCUUAUAUUGAAGCAAUGGCAUGUCAAAUAUCCUUUAUUGAAGUAAUGCCAUGUCAAUUAUCUUAUUUUGAAGCAAUGCCAUGCCAAUGAUCUUAUGUUGAAGCAAUGCUAUGUCAACCAAGUCUGUGCACGUUCCUGAAUGUGACAAUCCACUUUGUGAGAAGUUUCUAAGUCACCUUAAUGGGGAAUACCAAGCUCUUGGAUUUAAAACUGUAGCGUACCCUUCUUGUAAGUAUUUCAACAGGAGCAGACCAACCAAACAUUGAACAUCCUUUCAGCAUCGUUUUUUUAUUUUUAAUCAUUUUUUUCCAACAUUUAAAUCGUUGAUAGAAAUUUUGUAAGUAGGUCAAUCGGUUGAAAAAAAAAAUAAUACGGGAAAAAACAAACAAAUCAUACAAUUUCUUAAUUUAAAAAAAAAAUAAUAAUAAGACUCUUGGAAAAUAAGCAAAUCCUUUGGCGUGACUUGUCAGACAUAGAAAAAGGGGGUGGUGUGGGUAGAUUUGAAAUGAGGAAAGAAAAAGAUCUACAUGAAUUAUUUAGGUUGUUUAGCCUGGGAAUGGAGAUGAUAUUUCAGGUGUUUAUUUCUGUGCUAGUGUAACACACUCUCAACGAAACAAAACAAAAUAAAUAAUGGACUUACGUGGGUAUGGCUGCGAUAAAACUUACGAGAUUAAAGCAAAACGCCUUCUUCACCCACUUAACUUACUUAUAAUAAAUAAUAUAUGUAUAGAAUAAACAAUAUUAAUAUUACAAUUAAAUCCAAUAGCAGAUAAAAAGCGAUAUUUGUGAUGCAUAAUCCAAUUUUUAAUGCAUUGUUGUUUUUUUUUAAAUUUCAGUUGGCCCAUUUAGCAAACAUUUCAAUGAAAAUUAUAAUCAAUGUACCUACACUACAAUACACAAGUGCCCCAAACUGUGGAAACUUGUAAGUCCCAAUAAGGGGCCAUCCAUAAAAGACGUCCACCAAUUUUUUUCUAUUUUUUACCCCCCAUCCCCCUUUGUCCACUUUUUUCUUUACCUCCCCCCCCCCCCCAUGUCACUGUUUUUCNAGUUGUGGACGUCCAAAACAUAAAAUUUACCGAACUUAAAUUAACGAACAUUUUGGGAAAAUGUACAACAAUAUAAAGAGUAUAUAUUUACAAAGAUUUUUUUUAGAAAUUCCAAUUAUUUGCAGGCAAAAUUCUAAAUGAAAUAACAACUGUUCAAAAACAUUUUAUUGAAUCACUGCAUUAAAAAAUGUAAUAAACAAAUAAUCCACCAUUCUUCAAUCAACGGAAAAUUCGGACUGCAGCCAUUCAAACAUGUUUCGUAUAAUUACAACAUCUGUUCUUGAGUCUUCAAUUGCUAAUUCAAUUUGAGUGGCAGUCUCUUCGUCUGAUUCGUCUGCCAUAUUAUGUUCACUAGCAGGAAUAUUGCAAUGGACGACCUUAUGUUUUGUCAUUGCCGCCUGUGAUGGGAAAUAUGUACAGCAGAAACAUUAUUCUCUUGGAAAUUCUUCCAGCCACCGAUGGACAAUAGAGAUCAAACGGCAUGCUACUGUAACUGUGAUCGGGGAGUAAAUUUGCAGUAAAUUUAUGAAAAACUGCUGCACUCAAAAAAACACUACAAUGUGGACAUCCACUUUGUCCUAAACCCCCUCCCCCCUUUGUCCACUUUAGUCCACUUUUUGCUGAACCCCCCCCCUCCCCCCUUUUGUGUGGACGUCUUUUAUGGAUGACCCCUAAGUAUUACAAAAGUAGCAUAUUUAUUGUUCUAUAUGCCAUUAGUGCUUAUUUCAUAACUUUAUAUUGACGUAGACUCUUAAACGAAAAGUUAAUAUGAAUUAAAACAUUUCAUCGAAAAGUAAAUAUGAAAUUAAAGCUUUCAUCGAAAGAUUAAUAUGAAUUCAAAGAUUUCAUCGAAAAAUUAAUAUGAAUUCAAAGAUUUUAGCUGCGAGUAUUUUACACAUUGAAAAAAAAAACAUUGCAUCAAAGUCUUUACAGAUUAACGGGCUUAAGAAAGACUUGUCCGGAGCCGUACUAAAGAACUCAGAGAUAUCCGUUGAAAAAUAGAAAUCUUAUCAAUAGAAUUCUGAGGAAAAUCUCACCGUUUGUGAUGUCUUCUUGUAAGUUCAUUAGCGGCCAUCUCUCUUCUCCAACAACAACGAAAACUAACGCGUCACGUCCCAUUACACAAUUACGUCACAACACUCUCACACAAACGAUACAGCUACACAUAAAAUCUUUAACUAAACAUUUUUUCCCUAUCAAACAUUGAAACAAUAAUCUACACAUAACAACGGUGAUUCUCAUACCCUUGACAGCUUCCUCUCGUCUCACACUCAACUCUGACUGUCUCGGUUGUCUCUCUUUCUCUACUGUCCAGUCCCGACUGUCCACGACUCAUGUCCGGCUGAGCUCUACCCAGUCCCGUCUAACGGUCCUCGAAUUUGGUCGUGGGGUCUCUAGCGAUUCCUGCCCUGGGCUCUCCUAUUUCUACAUCUCAGGUACUUAAAUUUUCCCUCGGUCUAAAGGGUCAUCAACUUGCCAGUACUGUCACAGUGAGGGGUCCUCGUUGCCUCGCCCCUGUGCCUUCUGACACCACACGACAGUUGUGGACGGUGCGAGUGUGUACUGUCUAAGUUCCCCCACCCUCGGUCUGCCUGGACAAUACUCUGACCACCGGGCUCUACAUUCCAAUGUCUUGAUUCUACCACUGUUACCGUCAAAGUCGUGCUUCCUUCGUCCGUGUGCAAUCUGAAACGCUGCGACAGUUGGUCAGUCAUCCUCCUGCGGGUCCCCCCCCACCCCUAUACCACCCAGGUCGACUAUCCAGGUCUGGACUCUCCACAAUGCCUGGACUCUCCACAAUGCCUGGACUCUCUACAAUGCCUGGACUCUCCACAAUGCGUGGACUCUCCACAAUGCCUGGACUCUCCACAAUGCGUGGACUCUCCACAAUGCCUGGACUCUCCACAAUGCCUGGACUCUCCACAAUGCGUGGACUCUCCACAAUGCGUGGACUCUCCACAAUGCCUGGACUCUCCACAAUGCCUGGACUCUCCACAAUGCCUGGACUCUCCACAAUGCCUGGAUUCUCCACAAUAUAUUUAUAUGAAAUAUGGUUCUUUAUUGAUCAAAACAGCGUGUCUUCUUUCACCCGUUUUGUCUCUACAACUCCAUUACUACUGCUAAACAAUAAAUAUCCAACAACGACAUCUCCGAUACCCAAAUACGUCACAAACACAUAGUAACAGCUACACAAUUAAUCUCAGCAACAAAACACGCACCCAUAAAAAAGCAUGAUCAAAUGAUCAGCACACAUCUGAAGAUAAUGAGCACACGAUACGCUUCAUGAACCGAUGUUUCCAGCAUCCUUGAGCAGCAUCUGAUUUUUGUCCAUGGGCUAGUUUGCCUCACAGAGAAUCAUAGUCUCAUUUAAACAUAAAAUAGUUGACAUUCUGAAAUUCAUAAUGGCAAAACUUUUAUAUGAAAAAUAUUUCCGUUUUAAAAAAAAAAAUCAUUUUAGUAUUUUGAGUUAGUAAAAGUUGUAAAUUUUUAAAAAAUGUGUUCGUAAAUUUAAUUUGACUGAGUUGACAACUUUAGCAUGCCCUCCCUUGAAACGGUGUCAACUUAUUAUUUGAACACGCCCAUCUUGAAUCUACGGUAACAACUAAAUUUUAUGUAUCACUAUUGCCCUUUUAUAUAUUCCACGGGAAUGCUACCCGGAAGAUUAAUACAUUUUGUUAUGAUAUCCUACCAAGAAGGCCCUAACGACCGUUACAAAAGACUGCACAGUGCGGUGGCAUUCUUCAAACGUAGGUGUGUUUAGUGCCAUUGGUUUUGUAUGGUUGUCUGCAGGGCCGCCAGGAGGAUUAUGACAUGCCUGAACAAGGCUAAAAAUGCCCCCCCCCCCCAAACCGGCGACCUACAAAACAUGGACACACCAAUCAAUGAUGUCAAAAUGUAAUCAUUACAUUCAAACAUAAUUUGCAAAUGUAUUAAAAAGCGGACGGGUGCUUUGGUAUUGUCAAUACCUUGGCUUUGUGAAUACGUUGGUGCUGUUAUUACCUUGGUCUUGUCGUUACCUUGGUCUUGUGAAUAAAUUGGUAUUAUGAAUACCUCGGUCUUGCUGUGGCCAACACAUUUUAAGACAACGGAGGUGGGACAAGGGAGGUAAUAACCCCAGUUGUUGUCCCUGCAGCAUGUAUUUCGGCUUUCAGAAUUUAAUGAGAAAAUGGUUAAUCCUUCUAAACUACACGAUGUUCUGCUCCUUGGCGAAUUGUUGAGUUAAAGGUUUUUUUUUUUAUUCUCAUUUGAUGAAUCUGAAUAAUUUUUAAUGACGUGUUGAAACGUGGAUGUCUUCUCCAAAAUAGUUCAAUGUGACAUUUGAUUUCUACACAAAUACGUCACUAAUGCACUCUUUAAUACUUCGUUUUACAUUUAAAGUUUUAACCCUUAGAUAAAAACCGAUAGUAUCGAUGUCUCUGUAACCCUCAUAUAAAUACCGAUGGUAUCGAUAUCUUUGUAACCCACAGAUAACUACCGAUGGUAUCGAUAUCUUUGUAACACACAGAUAAAUACCGAUGGUAUCGAUAUCUUUGUAACCCACAGAUAAAUACCAAUGGCAUCGAUAUCUUUGUAACCCUCAUAUAAGUACCGAUGGUGUCAAUAUCUUUGUAACCCACAGAUAAAUACCGAUGGUAUCGACAUUUCGUCCUUGAAUAAAUCAGAGAAACUUGCAGUGAUUUCCUUCAGUGCCGAAGUCCAACCUGAUAAUGGCGAUACCAGCUGGUCUGCGGCAUUUGAUGACUACUUUAAAUGCUACAGAAUUCAAGACGCCUCAGAUGAAAACAAAAUAAAUUCAUUCAUUAAAAGAAAAACAUCCAUGGUCCCAGUCAGGAAUGAACCCCAGGCCUCCGCAGACAAGAAGGGACCAGACAUUGCACCAAGGAGUCGUAACGGGGCUACAGACCCGAAAUUUGUAUACUCUGAGAACCUGCACAGUUAUGCAAACAGCAGGUUUGACGAGAAGGACGUUUUGAGCAAGCUGCGUGAUUUGAGACAGGGUGAGGCUGGGAAGGGCGACAACUGGCAGAUGUCACCUUACCCGGAUGAGUUUGGUCGCGCGAGCGGUCAGAGCGUGAUGGCAAGGUCACCCGAUAAUGAGAGUCUCCUAGAACGUAAGUGAACUUUGAACGUUGAGGAUCUAUAAGGGACUGCAGAUGGAUGCAAAAGAACACGAUAUUUGUGGACAAAUAAAAGGGAAAUAAUAAUUUUUGUUAUAUUAUAUAUAUAUAUAUAUUUUUUUUUUUGCAUGAAACAUUACCAGCAGGUCCCUUGCAAAGUCUUAUGCAGGGAUGGGUGAUUGAAAUAAUUAAACAACCAGUUUUCUUUGACCUAAUAAAAGUUUUCUGUUUAUAUAAAUUAUAAAUCAAAAGUUACAUAGUUAUUUGAGGAAAUUAAUAUUUAAAUGAGAACAAUAUAACAGAGGACCACAUAACUUGUUCAUGCUAACUUCUUCAAGAAAUGGGUUUAAUAUAUUAAUUACCAUCAAAUGCUAAAUGAUAUCUGACCCAAAAAAUAAAAGCUGUUAAUAAGAUAUUUCAAUAAUUGAAAAACUGCUAGUUAGCCCUCAUUUCAACAAAACAAAAAAACAAAAAGGUAUCAGUUCAUUCAAAAAAGUUUCGAGCCUCUAGUCAAAUGGCGUAUUGUAGUGACAACGCUGAACAUCACAGUUUUAAGAUUAGUGAUGAAUUACGACAUGAAAAUAAUAGGAAUAGAGUUAAAAUUAUGAAAUAACCAUUUGCAUCUUUAUACAAAUCUUAAGUCAUGUAUCUAUUUUAGCGAGUUCCUAAUUUCUAAAAUAGUUGACGACAUAACCACAUUCACGGAAUUAAAGGAUCUUGUCAACGUAGUGUUGGACGACCCUGUCAGAGCUCUCCCCAGUAAAAAGUUUAUUUUACAAAAGGUGACUAAGUAAAUGAUUACAUUGUUUAAAUAUGUUACGAUCUUAGAAGGAAAUAUUUUUUGUUGCUUACACACUUAGAAGGACAUAGCUAUUGUUGCUUACACAACUAGAAGGACGUGGUUAUUGUUUCUUACAACCUUAUAGUAAUAUUAUUUAAAAAAACACCUAAUAACAAAGUUUUUCUUAUAAAUCUUUCAUAAAAUGUAAUAGCGAGCAAAGGGGGAUGAAAAUCUGACAAGACAAGCAUUCUAGUAGCGUACUUUAUAAGAAUCCCAUUAAAUUAGUGCUCUCCUCUUUUCUCCCAAUUGCACAUAUUUUUAAUGCUCCUGAACCAUAUUAAUAUUUUAAUGAUCCACCACUUUUACACCUCAGAUUUAUUUCAUCAAAAAGCUUUGAAAAAAAAAAGAAGAAAAUAUUGCGCACCAAAAGCACUUGAGAUAUUUUUUUAAAAAUAAUCUCAUUUAUCGCAGUUAUCGAUGAAUAAAAGUCAUUACCAUGGUUUUAGACUUUAACAAUUGCUGGGUUGUUUUUUUUUUUUUUAAAAUCAGUACCAAAGUUGUAUAAAAGUAAAGGAAGAAAAAAGUGCGUGUCCCGAUUUUCUUAUCGUUCUACGUCCACGGGAAUAGAAAAAUGCUGUGCCUAAAAAGCCCCCCUUCCCAGUUCUUUCAUACGUUAGUGAUAUUGACUGAUUUAAAAAUAUAAAAAAACGACAUAAAAAUAUGAUACUUUUUACCAUGUUUUUAGAAACUAAGGAAGUUCGAGGGGACAAAAUUAUAAACUAUGAAAUUUGAUAUUAGCAUGAAAAUCGUCCGUUGUGACAGAUAGUGGUUUAAAAUUUUUUUAACUUUUAGAGAGCGCUACCAACAGUAUUGACAUAGCAAAUUUUUAAUGCAGUUUAAAAAAAAAAAAAUAAUAAUUAAUUUUCUAUAUCAUAACUUUGGGCCCAUUGAGACGAAACUGCUCUGCUAGGGACAGUGACGUUUUAAGGCAAGUAUGGACAAUGGGGACUGGCCCAGAAGCAGAGCCUCAUGUUUCUAGGGGGCCUUGCGCUUCUAGGAGACUCACUCUUUUAGAGGAAUCAUGUUUCACAUAAUGUUUAUUAAUAUUGAAAGAUUUUGGUAGUUUAAUUUGAUUUAAAAGUCAGUGGACAGCAUGUUUCCCAAUUUUAACCCACGAAAUUAUCUUCAAAUUUCACAAUGAUUAUUAUAAAAUGCGAUUCUCAAGUUGGAAACAUUGAUACAUCUUAAAAGGGCAUAAUUCACGUAAACAAGUUUUACUCCUGCCAGAUGUGAAUCGAAAAAAAGUAAGAAUCUGUGUUUACAAUCAUUUUAGACAAAGAAGUUAUUCGUUAGCUCUGGGCGGUAAUAAACCUAGCUACACCACUUCUCAGUAGUGAAAUAUAAUAAUUGAUGGACUGCAUUCAAGUUUUGUAAAUGAAAUAUAAGAACAAGUUAUGUUAAACUUGAAUUAAUAAUUAUGCUCUAAUUAGUCUAAUAGACAGGACAAUAUCAAUAAGUCGUUAAGUAUAAGAUUUGGAAGUUUUGCCUUAGACUUAGACUUAGAGCCUUCUUUUUAAGCAGUCAACCAAACUGGAACUAGAGAGCGCUUACAGUAAUCUAAUCCAAUGGUGGCAAUGUUCGGCAACCUGAUCUUUCUCCUGUAGCUCUUUGAUACGAUCAGUUAUUUUGGCUACUAGAUCAAAAUUUAAUAUUUGGCUCUUUGAUAUGAAAAGUUUCCCAAUCCCUGAUCUAGUCUUUAUGCAUCUUCUACAAAACAAUAUAUAGGGUGGGCGAAUAAACGUGAGAACAUUUCGUAGCGUAAUAUUUUACGAGAUGUUCUCACUUUUUUUGGCCCACCCUGUAUUUUUGUAACUGCAAAUUUUAGAAAAACCUACAUAACUUUAAAAUGCAAAUUAGUAAUUAUUAUACUAUACUUCUAUAGUCUAAUAAUAAUUUUUUUUUUCUAAUGAACAACAAAAUAUUUUUUAAAAAUAAUGUUUACAUUAUUUUAUUGAUGAAUUAGUUAAAAUAAAUGGUAAAAAUUUGAAAAUAAAAUUAUGAAACAAAAUUACUCUUUAGAUACAAGUAUAAGUAUAUGGAAUGGUGGAACUCACACAUAGUCAAAGGCUAAAAGGGAGCCUUUAAAGUAUAUUUCAACUAGCAUCUUCUCUGUUCUAACCGGUUAAGUGUAGAAGGAUGCAAAAGUAAAUUCAUGUAUGUGCCCAAAUGCAUCCCAUCAUUUUGAAUAUAUUAAACAUUUUCUGCGGUGGGGCUUAAUGGGACCGGUCUCCAAAUCUUACCUCCAGCUUCAUUCGGGGCCCUCAAUCUUUUUCCACCCCAGUUAAAGUUACAGUACCGACUUAUUUUAAUGUCUAAAAAGUGCUGGAUGUAAGUAAUUACAAUAAUUUUUAUGGACGGACAAAAUUAUUUGGACUAUAAAGAUUCUAGAAACAAAACUAAGCUGGGGCUUAAAGCACACCCUCAGGUGACUCCACUACCAGAAUGAAUUUAUGUAUGGAAGUGGCGAUGAAAUGAGAGCUGGUCAUGUGCAUUAAAAUUCCCAAUUUCGGUGCUGAUAGAUGCCCUGCCCAUCCUUACAUGAUUUCUUAAAAUACUUGCCCCGCAGAAAAAUUACCUGAAAGAAACUUAUCAAAACGCAUUGGCCAAACUAGGCCAUAAUGCUUUUCAUUUUCAUAACAUUACUUGAUUAGUAUGCUAUAGACAGAGACAUUCACAGGAAGAGGGGUGCCUAGUUAGACGAUUCUGCCGCCCAUGUCUUUGUUAAUUACAUGGGAUUUUAUCGUUUAAUUCACUAUUAAGGGACUAUCGUAAGAAAAUUUUGCAAUACCAUGAUGAUGGUGCCAGGAGUGGUUUGUCCUCUCGCCCCUUCCUUCACAUGGCUCUGAGUAAGGCCUCAGUGCAUUACUGUGCCCAGGGCCUCUGCUGCUGUAAAAACGGCCCUGGCGAGGGACCUCCUUUUCUACCUAGUUCAUCCUAGUUGAUGAACUAGAGGUGAAAUCAUUUUCUUUUAAAUUGUAAAAACAAAAGGAAAAUCAUACAAGUUAGAUGUUACAAAAAACAACUUGUUUCACCUAUUUUCUUGUUUUUCUUUUUCUUUUAGGUGCUACCAGAAUUAAAUAACUCUAACCAGGUGUAUGGUAUUUUAAUUUUUGCUACGUGUGCUGAUCUGGUUACACAGAAGCGUGCCAUCAGCUUAUUGGAGCUACUAUUACUGCGGGGAAGGUUGGCUGCACCACAAGUUCAUAUGAGUCUCCUGGUUUGCAUAAUUUUUUAUUUGUUUGUUUGUUCAAACUGUAAAUGGAACAUGUAAAUUUGUUAAUGUAAGCUACAUGGUUACGUCCUAUUAACUUUGGAUAGCUGCGAAACAGAUAAUUUUUGAGUUGAUUUACUUUAAAAAAUAGAUCUAGUGUAAUUUCGUUCUUUAAAAAAUAUAUAUUUGCAUUUCAGUGAUUUUUUUCAUAUUUGUAUGUUUUAACAAAUAAAUUAUGUCUAAAACAAUAUUGUAUAUGCCUAAGCAUAAUUUACUUAUACUUAAAGAUGAGGCUUUAGUAUAAAACUCUUUUUCAGAAAAAUAUGCAGACCAAACUAUUGGAAAAUAUAUGUGCAAUAAUUUCAAUCAGGUAAUUAGCAAGCAAAUAAUAAUGUAUACCAUACAUUGCAAGUACACAUUUUUAAAAAAAUAUGCUCAAUUUAAAUAAAAGAUGAGGUGGAAGGACAUUUAACAAUUUUUAAGCCCAAAAGUCAAAACUAAUUUUCUAAUCUUCAAUUUUUAAUGAGGUAGACAGCCUGUUUUAAUUAGAUUGACAAAAAUUGUUUAAUCCGGUCAAAAACUUGUUAUAAUUAGGUUGAAAACCUGUUUUAAUUAUGUUGACAACCUGUUUAAGGCAUAUGAAGGCAAUUUUAUUAAUAUUUUUAUUUUGGGGCUAUUCCAUGAAUGACAUGCUAUUUUGACCUAAUUCCCCCCCCCCAUCCCAAAUAUAGAAACCUUUAUAAUAGAUAGUCACAAACUUGUGACCCUCAAACCCUUUAGGUGCAUGACAUCAUUUAUAGAUGACCUCUUCUAAUACAUAACAUCAAUAAUGAAAAUGAGCUGUAAUAUUGAUACUCAUAAAUUUUCUAAAAGUUUCUUUCUCAAUAAACAGUUUUCUUCUUUUAUCAUCCCAAGUCUGUCCCUACAAACUGUAUUUGUCUUACGGAAUAUUUUCAGAAGUCUGUCACCACAAAGUUGGUCAGAGAAUCUUGAAAUUAUUUUGAAAAGAAAGUGUUGCUUGUUCCUGAUGUUGCAAGGAGAGAUGGUCAUGGCCUGCCAAGGGACUGAGGACAUCAGGAGCUGUGAAACAUUUAACAAAGAUAUGAAGUAGGCUUAAUUUAAUAAUUAUUAUAAAUGAAGAAAUUGACAUUCUUUGAUCACCCUGAAAUGAAGCCGCCUAUCAGCCUUAAAAAGCACAUAAAUCAUUCAUAUUUUAUUUAAACUUUGGGGUAAAGAGACGUGAUAACAUUAAAAGGUGUCUGUUUAUUCAAACAGUUUUUGUAAUUUUGUACAAUUUUCUUCAUGGAACUGGUUUUAUUAUAUUUUUUUAAAAAUGUUAUUACAAAACUAUGUUCUACCUUAAUGUCUUUACUAUAUUUAUUACCAAAUUAAUUAAUAUAUUGUCUUUUUUUUUCUUUUUUUCUAGGUUUUGAAAAAAAAAAUAUCUUAAUCAAUUUUCUUUUCUUACAAAAAGGUCAAAGAUUGAAACAGGAAAUAAAAAAUUAAAAUCCUCAGAACAUGUUGACUGUGUAAAGAUUUGUCUAGAAUUACCCCUGGAUCAAGUUCUUAAAGGCACCACCAGCUUUAUGACAAAAAUAGCAACUGAAAAGUUUUUAGUGGCACCUUCUGGGCUGAAAAUAGAAUUCUACCAUGUAUUUCAGUUGUUCAAGAAGGUUGGUUUACUUUUUGAAAUAUGGGAAGAAAUGAAUCCUACUAAUGUGUAUUUCAGUUGUAUAAGAAGAAUGGUUCAAUUUUUUAAAUAUGAGAAAGAAUAGAAUUCCACCAUGUAUUUCAGUUGUUAAAGAAGGUUAAUUAAUUAAUAUUUAUAUGUUUGUUUUCAAAGAUAUUUUCAAGUUUAGAUAGUCAAGUGAUAAAUAUUCUAAAAGUGCAGCGAGAGAUGAAAAGCAAACUUCUUUGGAAACAGUCAUCAAGUACAGCCAUUGAGCUGAUACUGAGAGGAUUUUCACACUUUCUCAACUACAGCUCCAGUAAUUUUACACAUUUUAUCAUAUAUUUUUUUUAUAAAGAUAUGAAAAUUAGUAUAUUUUCUUCAAACACAACAGUUAUUAAUCCAUGCUUAAAUGAUAUGCUAAACACUAGUAAAUGCUAUGCUACUCACUUGGGCUUAGAUGCUUUGUAAAACAAUCACUGCAUAUUCUGAUUUUCAUUAUUAUUUUUUAUCAAAAGGUUAUUUGCUGAUUAUUUGUAAUAUUCAAACAGAAGAGUCAUCGUCUCAGUCCUUGGACACGUUGUGUACAGAGAUCACACAAAUCAUUAUUGCAAAUAAAGAGAAAGACCAAAAAACAUUCAAUGAUGUAAGUUUUAUUUCCUAUUGUUAGAAAAGUAGCUGUCAAAAGAGGAUGGGGGAAAUAAAUUGAUGUGAUUUUUAAAAAAAUAGUUUCUCCUAUACUAGUUCCACUUGGAAGCUGUAGUGACGAUAUUAUUUAUAAUGUGAAAAUAACUUCAAUACAUAUUGCUUGGCUAUCUAUUAAAUAAACCCUAUUAAAAUAUCUAUCUUAAUGUCACCCAUCUUAAAAUAAUUAGAGACUCAAAAAUGUCACCCCCUUUUUUUUUUCAGGUGAUACCAAUGCUUCGGGCUCUUAUGUUCAGGCCAACACCAGCCAUCCGUCAGUGUGCAAUAGACCUUUUCAAAGGUCUAGAUUCCAAUCCUGAAUCAUUCAGAAUUCAUCUGUUAGAUGCCAUAACACAUUUGCUAUCUCCUGUUUUGGUCCCAGAUAUAAAUGAUAAAAGGACAUUGGUAAGAGCAAGAAGACAAAUAGUUAUUUUUAAAAACCCAACCAUUUAAAGAGUGGCAUUCAGCUCUAUUUAUUUUUAUACUAUGUUAUAUUUCCAUUUCUAUUGUUGGCUGAAAAAACGUUCUUGUUUUUUGUCCUGUUAUCUUAUUUCAAGCUUCCACAUACCUCGUUUUGCUAUUUCAUUCAUUCAGCUCUAGCAGCAUGUUAAUGUUACCUCACCUCAUGUCUGUCUCAUUGAGAAGGAUUUUUUUGUACAUUUGUUUAUUUCAGCCACAUGAAAAAAGUCGCAACGGAUGGUUCAAGGUGUCUGGUAACUUCAGUGGCUACCAGACUGUUAUUUCAUUUCAUGUACCACAUGAGAAAGACCACAGGGAAAUAAAUAAAUCAGAUCUUAACGAUUCACCACAGUUCCAACAGAUAAGUGUGCUAAGGGAGCUAAUGCAUGACAACAUUGCCACACUUUUUGCAUACAACAUUUAUCACAUCCCUCAGUACUAUAUUAUGGAAGAGGGCAGAAGCCUUCAGGUAAGUUAUAUUUCUAUGCAUACACUGCGCAAUGAUAUUAUACUUUUUUUUUUUAAGUAUCUUUUUGUAUGACAUUUUAGUCUCGUAAAAAUGGAGUUAUAAUUAAAAAUAAGAAGCUGUAUUGCUUUUCAGGCUUACAAUUUCAAACCUUCGCCACCUGAUAUAAGUUAAUAAAAGUCUUCCUAUACAGAAUCUCUUCAAUUUUUUCAAAAUCAAUUCCCAGUGCAGUUAUGAUAGUAAAUUUCUUUUAAUAAUUUGAUCUCUUGUACCGGUAUAGACAUACAUGACUAAUUUGUUUUAAUAGUUAUUUCUUUCUUAAGAUUUAUUUUAUAAUAUAAACUUUUUAUUUUAACCAUAUUAGAGAUUGAAUGAUUUUCUAAACAUUAGUUUAGAACAUGAAUUAUUAACUGUGUUCCAGGAACAGCUAGUAAACAGAAGUAACAAUAAAACAUAUUUCUCAGAGGCUACUCUUUACAGUUGUCUGAAUCAAGCUGCAGCUGCUGUUGAAUACUGCCACAGUAAAAAUAUUGUUCAUUGCAACAUAACUACGGCAAGCUUUUUAAUUAUCGAUUCACAGAAGUUAAAGCUGAGUGGCUUCCACUUAUCCUUUGCUCUUAAAUCCAAUGAAGAAGAAAAGAUUUAUGGUAAGUCUCUCUCUUUCCAUCUGUCUGUGUGUGUAUCUUUCGCUCUUUUGCUUUCUUUCUUUCUCUCUCUCUCUAUCUCUCUCUCUCUCCCCCCUCUCUCUCUCUCUCUCUCUCUCUGGCUCUACUGUAAAUCAUUAAACAUUUCACAAAUAACCAACAUGAUAUAUAAUUAUUUCACUUUUGGGAAUAUAACAAAUUCAGACUUUAUUUCCAAGCAAAUUAAACCCAAAAUACACAAAUCAAAAUUAAAUAUACACUUUGUUCUACAGAUUCAGAAGAUAGUAACAUAUUUAGAGAGAUCCCAACUCUUUGGAGUGCUCCAGAAUCUUUAAGAAGGUGCAGAUUUUCACGACAAACAGACAUAUGGAUGUUUGGUCACAUGUGC